UCCCCUCUCUCUCUCUCGGAACGCACACACGGAGGCGGAGCAGAGCGCUCGUCGCUCUUGGCUCCCUGCCGCACGGCUGCUGUCCCCCCAAAUCCCUAAAUCGCAAAAUUGAAAUCCCCCCAAAUCAAGAACCCUAGGGACGAGCGCGGCGCCCAGCGGCUGUCGUCCAGCGCCUCCGCGGGGAGGGGACUGGGAGUCCGGCGGCUCGGGCUGCAGGGCCUGAGGGCGAGGCGUCUGGCGACGUCGACGAGGGUGCGAGGCACGACGGUCGACCAGCCGACCGGCGGAGGUUCGACGCCCGGGUGAGAUAGCAGCCAUUGAUGUAGCAAGAAAUGUGACAGAAUCUGAACCAGAGAAGAUGGGAAUACCCAACUCUGGAAUCCUGGCUCCGCCACUGCCUCCAAGCUCCGGAUAUUGCAACUGGAGUACAACAGCCUUGUGGGGAAGAUCCCGGACAACCUGAGCAAUCUGCAGGAGCUGGAGGUCUUGGAUGUCGGCUCAAACCAGCUGUCCGGUGGAAUCCCUCUGUCACUCGGUUCACUCUCGAAGCUAACAUACCUGGGGUUGUACUUGAACAAUUUAUCAGCAGACGUUCCAGCAUCUCUUGGUAAUCUCUCAUCGCUCGUGGAUUUAUUUGCAGACACUAACCAGUUCAGUGGCCAAAUACCAGAAUCCUUAGGACGGUUGACGAUGCUCAAGUCUCUUGAUUUGGCUUAUAAUCAGCUGAGUGGCACCAUCCCAGCAAGCCUAUUUAACAUCUCAUCAGUUGCUACGUUUGAAUUGUCUGGCAAUAAUGCUCUUUCAGGUGUCCUCCCUUUUGAUAUAGGUGUCACUCUCCCAAAUCUGCGAAAUCUGAUCCUGAAUGACUGCCAGUUGAGUGGUCGAAUUCCACGCUCCAUAGGGAACGCAUCACUUCUCAGAUAUAUACAACUUGAUGACAAUGAGCUUGAAGGAACUGUGCCAUUGGAAGUAGGCAAUCUGAGGGAUCUUGAGGUUUUAACACUGGGAAACAAUCAACUUGCUGAUGAAUGGGGAAGUGAUUGGGAGUUGAUGGCCUCGCUUUCCAACUGUAGUAAGCUUUUUUAUCUCGCUCUUGAUUCUAACAACUUCCAAGGCGUGUUGCCGCCUUCUAUCGCCAAUCUCUCCAACACGAUGCAAAAGCUUCAUCUAUCCCAGAACAAAUUCCAUGGAUCAAUUUCUUCAGAUAUUUGGAAACUUUCGAAUCUUGCUAUACUUAGUCUCCGAGGUAACUUCUUAAGUGGUAGCAUACCACCAAAAAUUGGGAAUCUUUACAAGUUAGGAGCUCUAGACUUGUCCCAAAACAACAUUUCUGGGGAAAUUCCACCUACGCUGGGUAACCUAACAGGCCUUUCCAUGCUUUACCUCUUCCAGAACAGCUUACAGGGAUCUAUACCCACAAGCUUAGGGAACUUGCAGAACAUUGCUAGUUUAGUCCUGUCAUUUAACCAGCUUAAUGGCACAAUACCGAUUGAAGUCAUUAGCCUCUCCUCUUUAACCAGUUAUCUUGGUCUGUCAUACAACUUUCUCUCUGGUCCAAUCCCGUCAGGGGUGGGCAAAUUGACGAAUCUGGUAUUACUGGACCUGUCAGUAAAUAAACUAACUGGAGAUAUUCCAACGACAUUAGGUAAAUGCGUCGAGCUUGUACAGCUUCAGUUGAAUGACAACCUUCUUCAAGGUGUCAUUCCACAGUCCUUGAGUGGAUUGCAAGGAAUACAAGAGCUAAACUUUGCCGGCAACAACUUAUCUGGCUCUGUUCCAGGAUUUUUUGGUGAUUGGCCAAACCUGGCAUAUCUGAAUCUGUCCUACAAUAAUUUUGGAGGCCCCAUUCCAGUAAAAGGUGUCUUCAGUAAUGCAAGUGCAUUCUUCAUAGAUGAUAAUAAGGUUUGUGGGGGUAUUCCAAGUUUACAGCUGCCCCAAUGUCCCGUGAAAGAAUCUGGUUCGGAGAAGAAGAGACUGAGGCGAGUAGCGCUUACAGGCAUUGUUGCUGGUGCUAUGUCUCUGCUGCUCAUUCUUCUCAUAGGCAGUCUUGUCAUACUGAUCGUGAGGCAAAGGAAAAAGGUCCCAAAUCUCCCUUUAUCGGAAGAUCAACAUUGGCAAGUCUCAUUUGAGGAGAUACAGAAAGCAACGAAUCAGUUCUCCCCAAGUAACCUCAUAGGCAUGGGAAGCUUUGGGUCAGUUUAUAGAGGAACUCUGAGCCCAAGUGCACAGCAGGUUGCAAUCAAGGUCAUUGAUCUUCAGCAACAUGGAGCUGAGAACAGCUUCUUGGCUGAGUGCCAUACCCUGAGAAGUAUUCGGCAUCGGAAUCUUGUCAAGGUGGUCACUGCAUGCUCGAGUAUUGACCACCAUGGUAAUGAUUUCAAAGCAUUGGUCUAUGAGUUCAUGCCAAAUGGGGACCUUGACAAAUGGCUACACCAGAAUCUUGCAACACAAGACGAGACACCUGAAACUAGGAGGAGGCUAACCAUGUCCCAGAGGGUGAACAUUGCGCUCGAUGUCGCUGAGGCUCUUGACUACAUGCACAACCAUGGUCAGGUGCCCAUUGUCCACUGUGAUCUGAAACCAAGCAAUGUUCUUCUCGACAAUGAUAUGGUUGCACACGUGGCGGACUUUGGGCUGGCACGGUUCAUUCGUAAGGCUGUGAGCAACUCAACAGAAGAAAGCAGUACCUCGAUUGGAAUCAAGGGUACCAUUGGAUACAUCCCUCCAGAGUACGGAAUGGAUGCUCAUGUUUCCAUCCAAGGUGAUGUAUACAGCUAUGGGGUUCUUCUGCUCGAGCUGUUCACUGGAAAGCGGCCUACAGAUGGUUCAUUCCAGGGAGGCCAAACUCUCCAAAGUUAUGUUGCAGCAUGCUAUCCUGACAAGAUAAUGAAGAUAGUUGACCCAACUCUACUGUCUCUGGACAACAGAUGUUUGAGCAAAGGGGGCAUUUCUUGCAACAAUAUUGAUGCUGAGAAGCUGCAAGAGUGCAUGGUAACGAUCUUGCGAGUUGGUUUGCAAUGCUCCCAGGAGUCAUCAAGAGCUAGAAUGCAUAUCAGGAACACCAUCAGAGAACUUGAGACGGUAAAGGAUGUCUUGCUGAACUACUGAUGAGACUGACGGGUAUACAGUAACAGGAUGAAAAGUAGUUGUUAUGGAUCAAGGUUUCUUAUGUGCGUGUGUAUAUGUUGGUUCGGUUGAAUUUCCCAUCAGAUCUAUUGUUGUGAGACAUUGUAUA